AUGAAGGCCCCUACGCCCCAUAUCCAGCCUCCGCCCUAUGAGUCUGUUCAGAAGCAUGGUAUUUAUAUUGGUCCCGAAGCUUACCAUGGGGCUAUGUCUUCUGGCUGGGAAUUCCAAGACCCAAUGACGCUUCUUGGUCAGGAUCCCGGGUGUCCACCAAUCGACGGAGCCACCAGUCAAUGGAUAGAUGGUAUAUCUCUGGAUCUGGAGGCGUUUGAUAACAGUAUGUUCAGGGCAUCCCGAAUGGAUUGGCUCGGCUGUGAAACGGAUUUCUCCGAUCAGCAUACAGUGCCACCGCUAUCCGAAGAAGCGCAUGUAUAUCCUGAAGUCUCGCCAUCCAGAGAUGAUCUCAUGACCUGUACAAUGUCUACCAGACAGCCACAACCAGUACCAAUAGAGAUUGGGCAACAGCCAUCCCCUUUAUUUCCGGAAAAAGACGAUAAAACAACCUGGCCUGGAGUGUUGGAUCACGGCGGCAAUGAAAUGUGGCCCUUUGACUACGCCUCAAACAAGGGUUUCCGCAAAAUCACAUUACCUCCUCUCAGAGAAAUAAUGGAACAGACUGUGGGCCUAGGUCUGCCAGAUGUUCAAACUAGCACAGUCAAGGAUCUUAUCAGGGUACUAUCCGCGCCUCUAAUUCCAUCACUGAAUGACAGCCCUGCCCUCGAGGCUUUACCCGCGGUUUCUUUUCUCGGCCAAUUGGUCACGACCUAUUUUGCCGAAUUUCACCCAGCUCUGCCUAUCGUGCAUGUACCAACCUGGCGAAUCGAGAGAUGUCCUAGCGCACUGCUGGCCGCAAUGGCGUGUAUUGGGGCAACUUAUUCCACCGCUGAGGGCUCUCAAGAAGUAGCCGCAUUACUGGCGGAGAUCACUCAGCGCACUCUUUUUUGGAUGGGUCAAGCGGAUAGCAGAUCAUUCCGCAACCCAGCCUACAUUGCUGCGUCUUGUUUGCAUCAGAUCUAUGCCCUCGGCUCUGGGAACCGUCGACUCUAUGAGCUAGCUGAUGCGUCAAGAGGGCUCUUGGUAACAGGUUUGAGAGAGUCUGGGGUUUUAUCUUCCGACGCAGAGCGAAGUGAAGCUAGUAAAAUUGAUUUCCAGGGCUUGAAAAAGAUGGACGCCCCCAUCCUGGAGCAAUCAUGGAAUCGAUGGCGAGACAUUGAGAUUGAAAGGCGAGUAGCGUGGUCGGUAUUCGAGUUUGACUGUGCUCUUUCAACAUUGACUAGCAAACGAGGGGCAUUCAGCAUCUCGGAGCUUCCUACAAAGCUUCCAUGUUCUGAAAGUCUGUGGGAUGCGCCUUCGGCAAAUGCCUGGGCCUCCGUUGUCUCGUUCUCGGCGAGUCCCCCAGAUGGUAUUCCUUUCUAUCCUCUGCUCCGGAAUAUUAUCGCUCGAAACGCUGUGUCAGAAUCAGUUCCUGCAUGGGCCAAGCGUAUCUGUGCUUUGGUCAUCAGUCGGCUUCUAUGGGACUUGCGGGAGUUGGAAGAUGCCGCAUCCCCUCAAGUCUUGGGGCUUUCCUCUCUCGCAAAUUGCCACAAAGCAACGCGGGAAAACUUGUUGGCAAGUCUCACAGCUUUAAGCAAUUCUUUAUCCAGACCAACCUGCACUUACGAUGUGAUCAAUAUGAAUGUAGCUUGUCUGGCAACUCAUUUUGCAUACCUGAACAGCGGGGACGAGACAAUGGACCUUGUCACCUUCAUCUUUCGAAACAAUCACUCGUGGAACCACGGCUCUUCCACAUCUCAGUUAAACAAAGAGCUCGCUCGUGCUCUUGAAAGUCUCCGCCGACGGUUCCAGCACAAUCCAGUCGCUACACGGCGAUCUGUUCGCCAUGCUGCGUUGGUUGUUGGCAUUUCCCGCGAAUGUACCAGCUUCACACCCUAUAACUGGGAACAGCCUUCUAAUCGUGCUCCUAAGCGGCGUCGUUCUAAUCAGGGCGCGGCACCACGAGACUAG